ACUCAUGCACGCGCAGCCUAACAAUCACAUUACCGCUUCAGCUAGACGACAGUGAGUCGUACGCGCCGCGUGACGCUUCCAACGCGUCUUCACUUAUAUCCUACUCACUCCGUACUUAAUGUAGUCAAGUGUACGUAAACUAAUUACAUGCAAAAAGUGAUAUUAAUUAGUAAAUUAGUAACAAAAUGUUAACGUGUUUAGUUGUUACUGUGUAACUACGCUAGUUAUUGGUUUGUUGUUAGAAAUUGAGGCCAGUAGUGUAGUGUUUUUGAUAUAUGGACGUAGUGCUGUGUUUCGAGUAGUUUGUGGCACUUGUUAUAUAUUUUCUGUAAAGUGACUGUGCGAUAUCGUGUUAUGAUAUCACCUAUGAUUUGGGAUUAAACUGCAAUUGUUUGCUGACGGUUUAUAGCGAAAGUAAUAAAAAUAAAUAAGACGAGGCGACUAACCACGCAAACUUGGCUGUUUUUGUCUAAAAUUUAAACAAAAUACAACACUAUUGCACUACAAAAUGCCCCGUGGCCGGGACGAUAUGCAAGUAAACGUGGCGGGCCUAAGGAGAAAUAUUAAAAACCUCGCGCACAACUAUUCCGAUGCCCAGGUAAAAGUGCGCGAGGCGACAUCGAACGAUCCAUGGGGCCCCUCAAGCACUCUGAUGGCGGAGAUCGCCGACCUCACGUACAACGUGAUGGCCUUCACCGAGAUCAUGCAGAUGAUAUGGAAGCGGCUCAACGACCACGGCAAGAACUGGCGGCACGUCUACAAGGCGCUCGUCCUCAUGGAGUACCUCAUCAAGACAGGCAGUGAAAAGGUCGCCAUGCAGUGCAAAGAAAACAUAUUCGCGAUACAUACCUUGAAGGAUUUCCAGUACAUGGAGGAGGGAAAGGAUCAGGGUCUGAACGUACGCGAAAAGGCGAAAUCGCUAGUAAAUCUCUUAAAAGACGACGAGAGAUUGAAAAACGAGCGAGCGAGAGCACUGAAGGCGAAGCAAAGGUUCGCGCAGAGUGCGAGCGCGUUCGGCAGCGACGGCGCGCUCGACACGCCCAGCAGCCCCACCUACCCCGCAUUCGGGAGCGACGGCGCGCUCGACACAGCCUCCAGCCCCACCUACCCCGCGCUGAGCGGCGACGGCGCGGAGUGGUCGGGGCGCGACGCGGAGCUGGCGCGGCCGCUGACGGCGGGCGAGGAGGAGCUGCAGCUGCAGCUGGCGCUGGCCAUGUCGCGCGAGGAGGCGGACCGCGACGAGCGCCGCCGCCGCUCCGACGACGUGCGCCUGCAGCUCGCCAUCAGCCAGUCGCAGCAGGACUUCCAGACGACAGACGGCCUGCCGCCUAAGAAGGUCCCCGGCAGCCAGGCGGCCCCGGGCGCGCAGUCGCACCUGCUGGACCUGCUGGACGUGUCGCUGGGCAGCCCCGCGCCGCCGGACCCCUGGGCCGCGCCCGCGCCGCCGCCCGCGCACAGGCCGGAGACCGCGUCAGACGCGUGGUCAGCAGUGGGCAGCCCGGCGCGCGACCCCUGGGCGCCCGCCGCCGCGCCGCCCGACCCCUGGGCUCCCGCCGGACAUUUGCAGAGCAAGUCCCCUGUGUCGGUGUUGUCGUCGCCGUCGUCCUCCGAGCUGGAGCAGUUCGACGCGCUCUCGCAGCGGCCGCGCACCAACCACAACCACAACAACAACGCAGAGCCUGACCCCUUCGACCUCACGGCACUCGGAGACAGCCUGGCCCCGAAGCCGGCGUCCCCGCCCGUGGGCAGCCUGGGCGCCAUCAAGAAGUCUCCGUCGGCGUUCCUGGGCGAGAACUCGUCGCUGGUGAACCUGGACCGCCUGCUGCAGCCGGCCGCCGCGGACCCGCCCGCGCCCAACCCCUUCGCGCUGGAGCCCGCGCCCGCGCCCGCGCCCCGCGCCAACAACAUGUUCGCGCAGCCGCCGCCCGCGCGGCUGACUAUGAACGAGCUGAAGCAGCAGCAGAUGGGUCUGUCGGGUCUCCCGUUCGGCGCGGCGUCCCCCGCGCUGGGCGGCCCCGCGGCCCCGCAGCCCCCGCUGGGCGCGGGGCUGCCCCCGCUGGCCCCCGGGACCAACGGCCAGGACGCGUGGGCUCGCUCGGCCUCGCCCUGGUCCCCGCAGCGACAUACACCCAACCCCUUCCUCUCCUAGCCGCCGCGCUCACAGGGCAGCAGCUAGCGGGCGCGGCGUGUGUCGGGCCGCCUGCCGCCACUCCGUGUACAUGACCAGACGCUGACACUGGUGUCCGACACACGGCAGUACCUCCGCGCUUCUAUUACCGCACCCACACCAUCUCAUUACCAAACAAAUGUUUCUACUUCAUUGUAUUCGUAAUGGUUCCUUUACGCGAACGGUGUGUGGUAAAAUCAUGUGAAAUUAUGUUUAUAAUAUAAUGUGGACCCAAUACGGUGGUAGAUAGAACUUACGGGUGUCGACGCACUGGACUCGCAUUUUAUUUAGGAAACAAAAUAUAUUAAAUAUUUUUUUUAUAAAAAAAUGUAUAAAAUUAUUGACGCUAAAAAUAAUAUAAUAAAUUAAAAAUAAUUAAGUGUAUGUUUUAUUGGUGAAAUGUUUCGUCUGCAAUAUUUUGCUUACUUUGCAUAUAAUGUGUUAGUGUCGAUGUGUCGACACCCAAUAACUAAAGACGCAGUAUACAUAAUGUAAAAUGAAAUGUUUUUAAUAAUAGACUGGAUAUCGCUGUGAGCUGUCGUGUUUUAUAUGUAGCUGACGAUUGUGUGUGUCUGUGUGUGCGACUGAUUUGUAACAAUAAAAUGUAUUUAUAUCUGCAAGAUUAAAUAGUACAAAACUGUCUAUUAAUAAAUUGGAAUGAGCUGAUUGUGAUGAGUUGACUUAUAAACAAAGCAAGUCACAAAAAAUAACUAAAAAAAGACUAGCUAACGAAGUUUCAAUGCCGCCCGCAUUAUGUCGGCUCAAAGCUGAACUGGUGCAGUGUGAAUGUUCUUCACACACACAAACACACAUAUGAUUUAGGGAGUAGCAUAGACAAGUAGAGUCAAUAGAGUUACUUGUUUGUGGCCGGCGUCGAUUAUAAUGUUGGUGAUCGGCGCGAACAAUGAUAUUUGUUACUGAACUAUCGGCGCAGAGUAAUGGAAAACAUCGCAAGUCAAUUACAAUACACACGUUAGUUCAAAUACAAAGUCGUUGUUCAGGCUCCAGACUAUUUUGGGUGUAAAGAGUAUUGGUAAGGUGUCAGCAGAGUUUCACAGCGAGUUUACAUAAUUACAUAUUAACGUUACUAUAAUUUUCAUGAUAUUUUUUUAAUUAAAUACACUAAAAGAUCUUACCGUAGCAUUUCACAAAGUAUUUCAAGGUUGUAUUCAGUACAAUAAUGUAUUUGUAGUACGUAAGUACAGUGCAUCGCGCGUGAGACUCUGCUGGGAGUUAGUCGCGGCGUCUAAGGUAACAAGUUGUUAUUCGUGCCUUAGUAAUGUUUUUGUAUUACAGUUAAUGUAUUAUACGUCGCCCUCCACUCGCCCCCACUCACGCUGCGUGACGUCAUGGGCGUAACCGCGGCUUCCCGCGACAUACUGAUUAAGUAAUUUUUAUAAGGGGCGUAUCGGGUCGGGGCUGUCCGGGUAAGGGAAGCUGGCCGCGGUCGAGCUUAAUUAUAAUAGUCAUCAAUACUGUCCAUAUACUAAUUAUGACGGCUUUAAUUAGGUUUGAUCCCCACGUGAUCACAGUUACGCCCAUGAACAAGGAUCUGUUCAUACACUUAUUUGUCAUUUUGCAAAUAAUUUGAAUUACCAAGAGUUGUCUUUCUGUCUUACACGAAGUCUGAUUAACAGCUCAGAACAAAAAAUACCGUUUAUUUGACAAAAAUAUUUUUUCAUAUUUUUAGAUGAUAGUAGUUUUAAAGAUAUGCCUGAGAUACUUGACUGCUUCUGAAAUAAAAGCAAUAAUUGUAAAGCCCUACUUUUAGGCCAAUAAGCGAGUUUAGCUUCAUUUGAUUUAAUACAACUUCAUACAUAAAUAUAUGUUUGAGCCGGGUAUUUAUUUAAAGUCUUUAGAUCCUGGUUUCAUAAUGGAAGCUGUACGUUGUAGAGCAUUAAACACCUGUUUAACUCAAGCUCGCCUAUUGCCACAUCACCCGGAGAUUAUUUCUUUCGAAGCUAAGAAACUGACUUAAAUUGAUUUCGUAUAAAAUACGUGCUAAUGAGAAAUUCCCUCACAUUUACAAACACGGGUGCAUUAGCUUGUUUUGCGCAUCGAUUUCAGCUUCAAUCAGAUGAGCUACGCUGCGUCCAGGCAACACAUUUGCGUUUGUAACGUACAAAAGAUUCCUGUUUGUAACAUAAUGCGGUGUACUAUAUCUAUAUGUAUGUUAUUAUUUGCUAUCCUCAUUAUUGUAGUAUUCAACGUAUUAGAUAAAUUAUGUACGAUUAGUUUACACGCUCAGUGUGUUGCCAUGAACAAGAAAAUACUACCCUUGCCUAUAAAAUAAAUCGCAUUUAUAUAAUUAUAACAUACCCCUUUUGGUAACUAUGCAGUUUUUUUUUAAUUUCUCGUGCUGGCAACACAUUGAAGGUUUGUUUUUUCGCUUAUUUACUAGCAGGUUGAUGUGGUUAUUGUUUAUCAGUUAUUUAGAUAAAUUAUUAUUUUUAAUAUUAUUUUCUGACCAUUAAAUGCAUCGAUGCUAAUUCAACGUGUCACUAGCUAGGGAGAAACUGUAAAGAUUAAUGUAACUAUUUAAUUAAAAUAUAUAAGUUUUUCAAUACA